GUGCUAUAAAUAGGUAACAACAGCAGUGGUAGCCACCGAAGAAGUUAAUUAAAAGCUGCUUGCAAUGGCCGGCGCUUCCGUCAACGUGGAGCAACCCCGAGACCCACCGGCCAUGCAUCCAAAGCUGCUCAUGGCCACCCGCCUAGGUGAAACUGAGAGGAUGAAGGAUCUUCUAGAGGAGGCAAGCUCAGCGGCGGUGCCGCCGGAUUUGGCUCUUCAAUUUGAAGCAUCGGCACCUUGUGCGGCAUUGCUCCUUGAGGGAGCGACCGUUCAAGGGGACUCCGCACUCCAUGUAGUGGCAGCAUGCGGAGACGGCAAUGAGUUCUUGGAGUCGGCGAAGAUGAUCCACGGCAAGGCCAACCACCUCCUGGCCACGCCCAACAAGAGGGGUGACAUGCCACUGCACUGCGCCGCCAGAGCUGGGAAUGCUCGGAUGGUCUCUCAGUUGAUCACUCUGGCUAAAGUGGAGGGCCACGGAGCAGAGGAAAAGCUGCGCACCGUGAACAAACUCGGGCAGACCGCCUUGCAUGAGGCAGUCCGCGCUGGAAAUGAGGAUAUUGUUAUCCAGCUAAUGGCCGAGGAUUCUGAACUGGCCACUUUUCCGAAAGAUGGCAGUUCACCAUUGUACCUUGCCAUCUUGCUAGAGGAGGUAGAUAUUGCGCGGUCGCUGCAUUGCAUGAGCCGCGGGAAUCUUUCCUACUCUGGACCAAAUGGCCAAAAUGCAUUACAUGCGGCGGUUCUCCGGGGCAGAGUGAUGACAGAGAUGCUAUUGGACUGGAACAAGGACCUUACCGAGCAAGCGGACCAGCAUGGCUGUACGCCUCUCCAUUUCGCUGCAUCGCAAGCACAAGUAGCUAGCCGGAUCUCCCCAGACUAUUCCAAGGGGUUCCCUUGGAUUCGCUUUGCGACAGUAGACGUUCUCCCGCUCCUGUUGCUAUUACUACAAGCAAACCCUUCUUCAGCGUACCAGCCAGACAAGAGUGGGUCAUUCCCUAUACAUGUUGCUGCUGUUGUCGGUGCGGACAAGGCCGUCUCAACUUUCCUUGAGAUGCUUCCGGACAACGCCUGCUUGCGUGACACCAAGGGAAAGACUUUCCUCCACGUCGCCGUUGAGAAGAAGAAGCGCAGUAUAGUUGAGCAUGCGUGUCGAACUGCAUCGUUACAAUGGAUUCUGAACAUGCGGGACGACGACGGGAACACUGCACUGCACCUAGCUGUGCAGACUGGAGAUACCAAGGUGUUUUUCCCUCUGCUCAGGAACCGGCAAGUGCGCAUGAAUUUGACCAACAAUAACGGGCAAACUCCAAGAGAUAUGUCACUCAGUGACAUUCCCCCAGGGUUGUCUUAUAAAUGGAACCCAAAGCAAAUGAUACAUCGUGCACUAACACGCGCGGUCGCAAACCACGGUGUGUAUCGCCGGGACCAGUUCGAGGAAGAGUACAUUCUGCGACCAAAACGAGCGGACGAGGAGAAAGAGUCGGUGAAAUUAAACAACUCGACGCAGACUCUUGGCAUCAGCUCGGUGCUCAUAACCACCGUGGCCUUCGGCGCCGCUUUCGCCCCGCCUGGAGGCUACGUUGCCGACGACCAUGCCCACGGUGGCACGCCCACACUUGCAGGCAGCUAUGCCUUCGAAGCAUUCACCAUGGCCAACAUGCUGGCCUUCACCUGCUCCGCCAUGGGCACCAUUGGUCUCAUGUACUCCGGCAUCACCACCGUCGACUUGCCCAUCCGCCAGAAGCAUUUUCUCAGGUCACUCUUCUGGGUGUCCAGCGCACUCACAUGCCUUGUCGCUGCUUUCGCAUUGGGCACCUACACGGUGCUGGCCCCUGUUGCUCACAAGACUGCCGUUGCAAUCUGCGUCCUCACUCCUGCCGUUGUUCUCUACAGAAGCGCAGGACGUUUCUACAGAAUGUACGCUCUUGCAGGACCUUUAUAUGCUAGAGCGGGGCUUCGCCCACUCAUAGGGUUAGCAAAAGACAUAUUUACUCGCAUGCUAAGACUAUACUGGCCCUUCAUCAUGAUAUUUGGUUGGGCCGCAUAUGCAUCCAAAUAAAGGAACCGCGAAAUCUACAUCAGUCUAUAUUUAUAUGUAGUAUUAGUAGUAAUAAUCUAUCCAAGAACGGUGGAGAUCUAUUAUAUUUGUUGUACUACUAUAUCUAUGUACCGGUCGUGUAAUA